GGACAGACAGCAGAGAGAAGGGAGGAACGGAAGAGGAAAGUGAGGCGCGCUCAGCUGCCUCGCAGGCAUCGCUCUGCUGAGGAAGCAGCGAGCGGAAAAGCCGAGCUGGGCAGGAAUGCACCGCACUCGCCAAAUCGUGGCCUGCGCCCAGCCCUGCACACAUGGCUCCCCAGCCCUGCUGCUGGGUCCCAGGCGGUGGGAAAGAAACCCAGCCACCCUGCAGAGCUCAUGAUGGCACAGCCUUGCACCCCAUAGAAGCCAAGCGCCUACUCUUCGCCCCACCCAAACACAGGGCCCCAGAACAACCUCCUCCCUCCUCCUAAAAGCCGACAGCCAAGCGUGCAUUGCAGACUGAAAAAGGAAGCCGCCAAACUCUUAAUGCUGUUUUUACCAGCUUUUGCUUGGCCCAUCAGCCUGACCUCAGCUGCAUCCCCACUUCUGUACAGCCCUGCACACUGCCGGGAACCCCCCACAGCCAGAGCUGGAGCAAAAACUACACAAAGAACUGAGAAGGCUCCAGAACUGGUUUCAACAACUUUUCAAGCUUGGGAGAUCAUCAAGUGUCCGGCAACGACGCUGACAGUAAUUGCCUCUGCAGGAGGUGACUAAAACCAAAGAGAAGGAAAGACGACAAACCUGCAAAUGACAGGGGCAGAAACAGCUGUCCUGUUGGUAAUCUUUGCUGCAGACCACAUUUGGAGGUUCUGGUUUAGUCAGAAACUGAAAUGACCAAGAUUUCCCUCGUUGCUUAGGUUGAAUCCCUCUUUAGCCACUUUUAAGUAUCCCUGAUAUCUGCAACCACUUCCAGAGGCUGGGACGCCAGGCAGGAGUGACAGCGGUGAAGGCUCCUGGAGCAGCCCCUUGCACAACAGCCUGCCCAAGGCCAUUUCACCCGCCAUCGUCGUGUCCGUCAGUGCUGGAAGGUGGGCCAGCACAGCCCCCUGCUGCAGGGCACACCUCAUCCCCUCAUCGCCAGGACGAGAUGGCCGCUCUCAUCGCUGAGAACUUCCGCUUUCUCUCCUUGUUCUUCAAGAGCAAAGAUGUGAUGAUCUUCAAUGGCCUGGUGGCCCUGGGCACAGUGGGCAGCGAGGAGCUCUUCUCAGUCUUCGCCUUCAACUGUCCCUGCUCCCCUGCCCGCAACUACAUCUACGGGCUGGCUGCCAUCGGCGUCCCAGCUCUGGCCCUCUUCCUCAUCGGUGUCAUCUGGAACAACCACACCUGGAACGUGGUGGCUGAGUGCCACAAGCGCGGUACCAAGAACUUCUCAACUGCUGCCACCUUCCUCCUCUUUGGCUCCAUCAUGGGCCGGGCAGCCGUGGCGCCCGUCACCUGGUCGGUCAUCUCACUGCUGCGCGGGGAGGCUUACAUCUGCGCCCUCAGCGAGUUUGUCAGGCCGUCCUCUCUGGACAAGUUCCCAGCUGAGUACGGGGCCGAGGUGCUGGCCAGGUUUCCCUGUAAAGAUGUGCCAGCAAACCUCACCAAGUACAGGGAGGAUGUGACACGGAGGCUGAGAUACGAGUCCCAGCUCUUCGGCUGGCUGCUCAUCGGCAUUGUCGCGGUCCUGGUUUUCCUCACCAAGUGCCUGAAGCAUUGCUGCUCGCCACUGAGCUACCGGCAGGAGUCUUACUGGGGCCAGUACCGCUCCAAUGAGGACAAGCUCUUCCGCCGCACAGCCGAGGUCCACUCCAGGAUCCUGGCGGCAAAGAACGUGAAGCAAUUCUUUGGCUUCGUGGCCCUGGACAAGGAGGAGAAGGAGCUGGUGCAGGAGUUCCCAGUGGAGGGCGUCCAGCCGAGCCCCCAGUGGAACGCCAUCACAGGUGUCUACAUCUACCGGGAGAACAAGGGCUUCCCCCUCUACAGCCGGCUCCACAAAUGGGCCAAAGGGGUGGAAGGGAACGGGCCAAGUCCAGAAGGCCAUGAAAUGCUUUUUUUGGCUUCCUAAGACAGGUGCUGGGUGUGGUUCCCCAGAUCACCUGGCAGGCAUAACAGUAUCAGUGCACAGCUGAGGGAUUCACAGGGAAUAUUCCUCCCAGCAAAAUUUACUUCUCUUAACAGGUAAAUAGGGAUCAUCAGCUGCAAGGUAGAGGCUGACAAGCAAUACACUGAGCUGGGGAACCCCUCCCUCUUAGACCAAUGUCUCGAUGCAGCUCCCAGAGAGCCGAGGGGAGCAGAGAGCAGACACACACUUCACCUCCAGUGCUCCCUGCCUUUUAAUGCACCAGCAGAAACCUCAGGGAGCAAGAGGUAGACACGACAUUUCUAACCGUGACUCCUGCAGUCCCGUCCGUCUCCCCCAUGGCAGGGUUAGCCCCAGCCACUCUGCACACCUACUUGUUUUGUUGACAUCGAUUCCUUCUGCAGUUGUGCAGCACCUGUUGGGCAGGCAGGUGCUGGAGCACUUUACAGGCUUCACAGUGCAAGGAAAAAGAAGGAAGCAGUGGGUAAAUGCCUGUGGCAAGGGGGAUGCAAUGGCACAUGGAAAGGAAUGGGUCAGUAAUACAGCAGCACAGCGAAUAACUGAGAGACUAAGGCAGGAGGAAUCACCGACAUCCCCAGUAUUCAGAAAGACACUCUGUAAUUACCAAGUUGGAAUCUGGGCAGGACACCAAACUUGUUUUGUUCUUAGUGAGGUGCCUGGUGAUCUCUAAUGAGCCCAAACGGUCACAAUCAUGAGUUUAUAAACCCAGAAGACAGCAUCAUCAGCAGAACAGCUUUUGGGCGGGGUGGCGGCUCAGAGGAAGCAGUACCUGCAGGAAGCCACACUGCUGCCUGCUGCUCACCGCAUCUGUCCUCCAACCACCAGACCAGAAUCCCGCUUGUUUGCGUUGCAAGUUGCAGCAAGACCUCAACCAAAAUUAGUUUUACAUAGAUGUAUCUAUACAUACAUACAUAAGUGUAUAUACUAUGUAAUUAUAGUUAGCUGUAUUAAUGGAGCAUUGUAGGGAAAAGGGGUGAGAAACUUGCCAGCCAAAAGACCGCAUUACACACACCCAUCUGCUGCGGUGGCACUGCAGCCCUGCAAGUGAUGAGGGACAGUAGGAACUGGAAGAGGAGAGCAGCCCUGUCCCUACCCUCCUGCCACUGAGCUUUCUUAAACCCUUUCCACUGCCUUAAAUGGUCUCUGCAGGGGAUGGUCUUUUUUAUGGACUAAGUUGCACCCUGAGAAAGCAAAGCCAGAGAGGUGUAGAAGUCCUGUCCUUGCUGCGACGCUGCGCUGACUGUGGCUUCAAGGUGGAGCAGUGGCCCUUUUCUCCUGAGGGCCAGCCCUACGCACCCAACGCUGUUCCACGAGUUGGCAGCACAAUGAAGUUUGUUUUUCCUACUUGCACUGUUUUUCUAUAGGAAUAAUUUCCUUUUAUGCUGUGCCGUUUACCGAAAAGCCUUACAUUGUUCAAAAAACAACUCAAGCCCACAGAACUCAGAGGGGCUUACACACAUGGAGAUUUGAAAUAAAUUAUUAAAUAAGAGUUA